UUUUGGCAAUAAUAAAUAAUAAUAAUAAUAGUUAAUGAAAACAGUGGAAUAUUUUUAGGUUGUCGCUUGAUAAUAAAAUCAACAAUCUCAGAUUGUUAGAGGUUAGACAAAACUGUAUAAGAGAUGGUAAAAAUCAGUUUACAAAUAAAUGCCACUUUAGAGCAAGUAGAAGAAUUGUACACUAACCAUCCACAUUAUGCAUUUCUACUGAAACUCAAAUGUCUGAGCUGUGGAGAAUGUCCUGAUGUAUGGCAUGAUGUUAUUGAAUCCAAGACGUACCCUUCUAAGACUGGUAAAUCGGAUACACAUUAUUCGGCAAAAUGCAAACUGUGUGGAAGAGAAAAUAGCCUUUCAAUUAUCGAAGGAACAAAUGAAAAAUACACUAACGAUGACCAAGGACGGUUUAAGUCCAUUGUAACUUUCGAUUGUCGAGGAAUUGAGCCAGUGGAGUUCACUCCUACAGAUGGAUGGAUUGCUAAAAUUGAAGAGAGCGGUAGACUUUUUGAGGACAUAAAUUUGGCAGAGAAAGAAUGGGUUGAAUAUGACGAGAGGAUUGGGCAGUCUGUCGGUAUAUAUGAUUUUCAAUCACAAUUCAUCAAAAUUAAGUGAAGAUAUAGAUGCAAAACCCAUAAUGAGUCUAAUACCAUUCAUGUUUACUUUUUCCAAGAAAACAUUUGUUAUUUUCCAAGAUUUUUAAUGCCAUAAAUAGUUGAAAAUUA